AGAGGAUAUUGUGCGUGUAGAAAGCGCUAGCAGGUGAUACAUCAUAACUUUAAGUCUAUGCAGCUUAUAGCUAAAUGUUAGCAUCAGCCUGCUAACAAGCUAACAGUCUCACACCUUUGCCUCACACUAAUCCCGCUGACAUGCUGAUAUUUAACAUUAGGUAUUAUGUUAGCUUAGCGUGUCAGCAUGCUAACAUUUGCUAAUACAGAAGAUACUCUGAAACUAAACGUAGGCCUAAUGCAUAACAUGCAGCACCAAAGGUACAAAAUGGUUUAGGCUACCAUUCCUGUCUCUAAAGUGGGAGCGGUCUAAGGUAUUUAUAUUUCAUUUGCUCACAUUCAGAUAUUUAAGAGCUUACAUGCUUAUUUAUCAUUAUGGAGAUUUAAUAGCUAGGGCGUUAGCAAACAUUAGCUUAUAUUUUUGACAGUUUGAAUGACGUGGGCGCGCUACAGUCUCCUAAAGAGAUGGGGACCACUUGAUAAGGACAGGAAAUUAAAUUCUAAACCUGACUUGACACAAUUUCCAUCCUAAAAAAACAUACCAUUGUCGGGAAACAGAUCAAAACCAUAACAGUUAGAAGUUUGGUAUCAGCACAUAAUACCCUUUUCUGUGAGAAGGAUCAGUCCCAGAAUAGCAGCUCUUUCCUGUAUAAAUCCACUUUUGUUACACCCUUAGGACCAUAAUACAGACCAUAUGGAUGGGACUGUCUGCGUGAAUGUGUGUGUGCUUUUGCAAAAGAACAUUUCCAUUAUCCAGCCUUCUUACGGUCAUCAGGAAGAUGUGUUUAACAGAGUGACAGAUAACAGCACGUCUGUCAACUGUCAGCCUGGCAGAUGGGUGGCAGCGGCAGGAAAAGCUCAUUCCUUCCCAUCUCUGUGACGCGCCGCAAUCAGGAGUGUAUCUGCAGGUCACGCAAAGAAGCUCAGGAAUGAACGACAGUUGUGUAGUGGGAUGAGGGUUCAGGUGACGAUGAGAAGAGUUAUUUGAAUCGUUUAUUAAUCUGAUCAGAAAACAUCUGACCAGCUCCUUGACUCCAGUGAAAGUGAGGAACGUGUAUUUAUAAAGUGGCUUUGAGAACCAUUGUCACAAGGUGGUGAGUAAUGAACACAUUUACAAAAAGAGAAAGUUAAACAGGAAAUAGCAAUAAAAAACCUGUUAAAUCUUCACUGAAUGCAACAUUAUAGGACAACGUGCAUAGGAAACGUGAGUUUGCUUCAUAACACUAUCGACUGACAGUUUUUUUUACAAUUAGAAAAAUAUGGAUUCAAAGGGUGAAAGUCACAGCUGCAACAGCCACAUUUAGUUCAAGAUUUGAAGGCUUUAUUGUCAUAUUCAGGCACCUCCAACAACGCUAGGCACGGUAUAUCCAACACAUAAAAACAAAUUAAAAAAGGCAGAGAUUGAUAAAGUCCAGGAACAUUAUGUUGCCAUAAUAAAUUCAGGAUUAAUUACAAUAUAUAUCAAAUGGCACAAGAUAAAACAGAGUGAUAAAUGACAUACCUUACCUUCUUUAAAGCCAACAUUUUGGUCUAAAGGCCAACAAACUUCAGUGAUCUCAGCGAGGAAACACAACAAUUCAGAAACAUAAAGUGCGGCCUAAAAGGUACAUUAAAAAAAAGAACUAAGCAUUUCGAUAGAUAAACGAGUUCCAUUGUACGUUCUAGCUUCUGCAUUUUUUAAUGAGUACUUUUGGUGCCCAGACACAGUCACUUUACCAAAUUAGGAAGUAAACACAAAACAUUUCAGCAUGCACUGGGGAACAAAACUAAUUUUCUGUACUACUGUGUUGUGCUCAUGAACUCCAGACUCACGGUCAGUUCUGUAUCAUUCCGCCUGGAUCAUUAAGGCCUCACACCUCAUUGCCUUUCCAUUUCAAUGUGGACAAGUGUCGUUUAAUAGAUGCAUCCUGUUACAUUCAACGAUAUCAACAGAGCCUAGAUGUAUUUUGUCAUAAAGAAAUGGUCAAGCUCGCAGAACUCCACCAUUUACAAAGCAAAUAAACAAAUGAGGAAUAUCAACCCUGGAGCACCCACCCAAACAAAAUAGCACUUCCACAAGGCAGAGGCUACAGGACAGUGUUUACAAAAUCCUCAUUAAGGAAGUUGUGAGAUAACACACGCUCAUGUGCCUCACACAAAGUUAAAGGCACGCACAUACACACACACACACACACACACACACACACACACACACACACACACACACACACACACACACACACACACACACACACACACACACACACACACACACACACACACACACACACACCAGCAAAAGAGACUAUAAGCACUGAGCAAUGCAGAGCCCACCAUAUCAUAGAUAAGGGACAAAAAGAAAGAGCUGGGAAGAACAGAUCAGAGCACAGAGAGAGACGGAGACAGGAGAAGACACAACAGAGAUGACUCGGACGGACAAAGCCAAGCCCUGGCCACCCUGUCACCGGAACUGCAACCCUUUUGCAAAGGACAUCAAAAGGUGUGCAUGAGAAUAAAUGCUGUGAGAUCUGGAGGAGAGCGGUCAGUGCAAGGGUCAACAACACUCCUGUCUACUACCAGGCUUCUAGAACUUUCUUUGCCUACAGAUGAACUGACCACAAUUUCAAUUAACCUUUGGAUUAAUGUGCUCAGACAACACAAUUAUUUUUGUUUUACUGUUGCAUCAGCUUAUCCAUAGACAAUCCCAAAGGGUAUAAGAUAGAAAAAGCUGCAGAUUUUCCCAUGGCGAGCAUUUGGGUCUCUCAACUGGGAACGAUCUGCAGCUCCAAGACUUUGCUCGUGUUGUUUUCCAUCCUGCUGCUCCAGGGGCUCUGUGGAUUGAGCAGCCCUAUCUCCAACACCAAUCAGAGGCAUCGAGCGGACGGGCAUGAAGGAAUGGUGGAUACAUCACUGCUGGAGCAGGACAACAACAUAAGCAUGCAGAGCCUGUUGCAGAGCCUGAAGGAACAGUUUUUGCGGACUUUUAAUCUGUCUGGCUUGGGUCCUCAGCCCCUGCCUCCUGGAAGCACAAGAGAAGAGCCACCUGAGUACAUGAUGGAGCUCUACAACCGUUUCGCUAAUGACCGCACCGCUAUGCCCACUGCCAACAUUAUCCGCAGCUUCAAAAAUGAAGAUUCAUCUCCCAGUGUUGUGGGUGUUGGAGUGAGGCGUCACCCACUCCUCUUCAAUGUGUCAGUCCCCUAUCAUGAACGCAUCACAGCGGCGGAGCUUCGCCUCUACACCCUUGUCCAGACUGACCGCCACCUCUAUGCCGGUGUCGACCGAAAGGUGACAAUCUACGAGCUGGAUUCGCAUAAAGUGGAGGACAACAUGACUGAUGACAACACUUUGAGAGGAGAUGUGUUCAAAGAGGAAGACGAGCGAAUACAUUUGGUGGAGUUGGUUUCACGACAGGUCUACGACACUGAUAACGGCUGGGAGGCCUUUGACCUCAGUACUGCUGUUCAACGUUGGCGAAAUUUGGACUAUGGCACCACGCAUCGGUUGGAGGUGCACAUUGCCAGCCUGGCUAAUGAGGAAAAUGUGCAAGGCAUGACAAAGGACAACAAAGACGGACCUGAGGGGGACAUGAAGAUCGACACCAGCCCUGAGGAGAAGCACAAACCUUUGCUGAUUGUUUUCUCUGACGACCAAAGCACCGAUCACCGGGAGGACAAACGCGAGCUGAACGAGAUGAUCGUCCACGAAACCUCAAACAUGGUUCUUCAAAAUGACUUGGGGUUGGGCCUGAACGAACUGUGGGGGGAGCUGGGGAAGGAUGAGGGGGAUGAAGAAUCAGAGCCAGAUGAAGAGGACCUAAUCCAAAUGCGCUCCAAUUUGAUCUACGACACGGCAUCUCGCAUUCGUCGAAAUGCCAAGGGAAACCACUGCAAGAAACAAUCGCUGUACGUUGAGUUCAAGGACAUCGGAUGGGACAGUUGGAUCCUCGCCCCCAGUGGUUACGAUGCCUUUGAGUGCACUGGUGUUUGUUCCUUCCCCCUGACAAAGCAUGUUACGCCCACAAAGCAUGCCAUAGUCCAGACUCUGAUCAACAUCAACAGUCCUCAGAAGGCUGCAACGGCUUGUUGUGUGCCCACCAAGUUGGACCCCAUCUCCCUGUUGUACUUGGACGACACAGGCGUAGUCACCUACAAGUAUAAGUUUGAGGGCAUGGCGGUGGCUGAGUGUGGCUGCAGAUAGUCUGUGGUUUGAGGGAGUUUUACUCGUCGUAAAGUCUUACAAUAAGAGGAAAGACACAACAAUAAGCUGAAAAGGGAGGUUAGCCAAAAAUGUCUUUAAGAGAAAGGGACUGUUGGAAUCCCUGCAGGAGUAACUUAAUGAGACUGGAAUCUUGAAUUCACUAUUUAUGAAACUAUGUGUGCUCCCAAAUGAAUGAUUGUGGAAGGUGUUUGUUUUAAAAAGCUCAACAGAAACAGAAACAACAAAGACCAGCAGAUCACCAGUCAACAUGUUGCCAACAGGGAUGCCAAGGUGCGUCGUCAUAGAAAGAAAAUUCACAAGAUUUCACAUCCUACAGUCAGGCGGCCUGGUGGGAACCAGUGGGCCAGUCAUACCCCUCCCUCUCUUUUCCACUGACAUCUGUCUUCCUCUGUACUUAUCUCUGGCCUCCCCACCCGAUGCAAACACUAAUCAGCACUUCAUGUGUCCUGGCGCAGUGAAAUGACCCCCCUUAGGCAACCUGACAAGAGAUGAACUCUGCAGUCCGACCUUCUGCCUCCUGCAGCCUCCUGAUACGUAGGGGCUGUGCAAGGGCUCCUACUGGCAGGGUUAUCAACCCCAAUCCCGUUUCCCACUUCACAUGCCUCUUUUCCACUCCCCCGAGCUACAGCGAUAGCAAGGUGUGGGGGGUUGAGAAAAAUAAAUGCCACACUCAAUUUGAGAACUGAACAGCAUUCUGGACAACUUUUAAGAUGGUGGGAUGGGGGAGUCGGGCAGGACAAAGGGGCAGGGGUUGUCCACAUUCCUAGGCAACAAACACUAUGCAACUCUCUGAUAUUGCACCAUGUGCCGCCAACAUAUCUCCAACUCCUCAUUUUACCCAUCCAUCACUUUUAGGGUGAAAUUGCCUUGUUUGGACAGUCAUUAUCUGCCCGUGAAACUCAAGAGUGGACUUGAGAAAUGGAAACAAACCGAAGGAAAUACAGUCACAGAAAUACUUUGUUUAAAAGCCUUUCGAUACCUCUGCUGCUUGUGUCAAAUACGACUAUUUAUUGUUCUAAUUUAUUAAUUUUUACAACAGAGUAGAUACCUUUGAAUGUACAUUUGUAAGUUACUUAAUGAUAAGAGGUUGUUUUUUUUAUCCAUGACAAUGCUUUUGCAGCCACAAGUUGAAUUCUGUUGGGAAGAGAAAUGGUAACAAUUUCUGAAAACAAUAAAUAUUUAACAUAUCCAACAUGAA